AUGUCCAGUGACCCUCCCCCGCCCUACCCAGGGGGGCCAUCAGCCCCCCUCUUAGAACAGAAGGACGGAAGCAGGCCCUUCUUGUGCCCUCCCCCUUCUCUAGGUGGAGUAUCGCCUUCGAUGGUGCAGCCGCAGGGGCCCCCGCAGCCGCCUUCGGAGUAUGGGCCCCCUCCGUACGAGCCACCGCUCCAGCCGGGGUUCAUCCCCAUGCCCGCUGACGGAUCCGUGCCCUACAUGCCACCCGGGGGUUACUACAUGCCUCCGGGACCACAUGGCGCGACGGGCUAUUACCCCCCGACAGGCCCCUACCCGCCUCCAGGGAGCCACACGGCAACGGUUCUGGUGCCCUCGGGCACAGCGACGACUGUGACGGUGCUGCAGGGUGAGAUCUUCCAGGCAGCCCCCGUGCCCACGGUGUGCCCGCACUGCCAGCAGGCCAUCACCACCAAGAUCUCCCAUGAAAUCGGCUUCAUGAGCUUCCUGGUGGGCUUCUUCUGCUGCUUUGUCGGGUGUGACCUGGGGUGCUGCUUGAUCCCAUGCCUUCUGGACGACUUCAAGGACGUGACGCACACCUGCCCCAACUGCAAGGGCUACAUCUACACAUACAAGCGCAUGUGCUAGCGGCACCCACUGGGCUGG